AUGCAGUUGUGUUUCCCCUGGCGUCGCUGGUCGAGCAGGUCGUCUGGUUCGGCUUUGACCAAAACCGUUGAGGAUGAUGAAUGCGAAACCAUACAAGUGAAUCAAACGAAGAGCGACCCGGAUAUAAGGGAGAUAUAUGGCUUUUCAGAAGCCACAGAAAGAAUCAAGAAGGAGUUUGAACUGUCGGACGAUGAUGUACGGCGCAUAGUUGGCGGUUUCGUGGAGCAGAUGAACAAAGGAUUGUGGAAGUCAGGUGAAGCGAUCGAACAAUUACCGUCGUUCAUCACCCAACUACCCACAGGUCGUGAAAUGGGCACGUACUUGGCAGUCGAUAUGGGUGGUACCAAUAUCCGAGUCUGUGCUGUUACAUUCAAUGGCGAUGGGACAUAUUCGAUGGCCCAGCACAAAGAGACCAUUCCUCUAACUUUAAUGACAUCGCAAGACCGCAAUGAGCUUUUUGACUGGGUAGCUCGAGUUGUUCAGGGCUUUGUAAAGGCCAACGAUCUCGGGGCGAAUACUCCCGAUCCGGGUCUCACUCAACGCCAGAGCAAGUCGGCAUUCAGUCUCGGUUUCACCUUCAGCCAUGCUGUCCAGCAAACGAGCAUCAACAGCGGUACCUUAAUCAGAUGGAGCAAAGGGUUUGACAUUGACGGCGUGGUUGGGCUGGACGUGUGCGCUUGUCUUCAGGAUGCAUUCAAUAAGCUUGACCUACACAUCACAGUGACCGCCCUUACAAAUGACACGGUUGGAACAUUGCUAGCUCAGGCAUAUGUUGCACCAGCUUCCACGAAGACUGUACUGGGUGCGGUCUUUGGGACAGGCACCAAUGGUGCGUACGUUGAGCGGACUUCAAAAAUCACCAAGCAACCGGCGUUGGCCACUCAUCCAGAGGCUACGAUGAUUGUCAACACAGAGUGGGGCAACUUUGACCAAGGACUCAAGUUCCUCACGAUGACAACUUAUGACUGUGCCAUCGACAAGGCCAGUGUCAAUCCUGGGUUCGAGAUGUUCGAAAAGCAAAUUUCAGCUAUGUAUUUGGGGGAGAUCUUACGAAUGGCGAUACUUUCGCUCUCACAAGAUCAGAGCCUGAAUUUUUUCGCCAAGUUGGCGAUUCCAAAAAACUCAAGCUUGUACGUUCCGUGGAGCCUGGAUACUUCGAUCUUGAGCCAUCUUGAGAGCGACACCAGUCCAGAGCUCUCGAUGAGUCGACAAGCCCUAGGAAUAUGGCUAGGGGUUGCGCAAGUCAGUUUUGACAUCGCAUCUGCUAUCAAGUCCAUAGCACAUGCCAUAGUACGGCGAUCGGCAAGACUCAGCGCGGUCGCUUUGGCGGCUGUCUUGGUCCAAACGGGAUGUUUAGCAGAUAUCUUGAGCUCUGAGGACAGAUUUUGCAUAGGCGUAGAUGGAUCGCUCAUUGAGCAUUAUCCCGGCUUUGUCGUAGAGAUAAGAAAAGCGCUUAGAAGUAUUGAGCAUGUGGGAGAGUUAGGAGAGUCGCGGGUAGAUAUCACCAUCGCUAAAGAUGGCAGCGGCGUCGGUGCGGCGCUGGCGGCGCACAUGGCAUCGAACAUGGGUGGCUGAUCUGCGAGACGCAUUCGCGAUAUACCAGAUGCAAUGCAUACGUUUGAUUCUUG